GUUGCUGAAUUGACUUGGUGACCUGGCCUUCUGUGACCUGGGGUCAAAUUUUUACACACAAUGCGAAAUUGAUGUACCAUAAUUAAUAGGGCAUGGACUGUAUCAAGUUAUGCUGCACUUCGCGCCACGCUUUUCUUUAUACUUGCAAAAAAAAAAAAAACUGAGGUGUGACCAAAACGCGGCAAAGAAUAUAUGCUUUGGCAUUUGUUGGGGCGCAGAGACUGGCCUGAGGUCAGAGUAUGAGCUCUGUACGAGGCAGUCCGGCGGCCCGGCCGUCCCAGCCUCAAGUGCAAACAUUCGACUUUGGCCCAUGGACGCUGACUGUUUCCAAGUCGCACAUCCUGGAGUCCACAUGUCGUCAGCCAGAGGUGUGCGAGGCGAUUGAAGGCGGCACGAGCCACUCCCUCUGCUCAGUUUGCAGGUACGGCCGGCAGUUGUCGCUGCCUGGCCUGCCGGAGAUGUGUUUCCCAGAGAACACGCUGCGGAUACAGCACACAGCCGGCUACGGUCUCGAGUUCAACGCUCUGGACGCGCUCAAACGGGUUAACGACCACGAGGACCUCAUCAAGGUGGCCUGCGCAAAUGAGUGGAAGAGUUCACGCGGUGACGUGCCGCACAUCAACUCGGUGUCUCGUCCGUUCGACUGGACGUUCACCACCGACUACCGCGGCACGCUGCUCGGCCACCAGAAGCUGGCGCCGCAGCCGACCGACGACCGCAUCGACAUGGAGAAGCUGAAGCAAAAGGAGAAGAUCAUGUUCUACGAGGACAUCCUGCUCUUCGAGGACGAGCUGGCCGAUCACGGCUGCGCCAUAUGCAAUGUCAAAGUGCGAGUGAUGCCGCGCAGUUUCUUCCUGCUGCUGCGGUUCUACCUGCGCGUGGACGGUGUGCUCGUGCGCGUCAACGACACGCGACUGUACCACGAGGCCGACCAGGCCUACAUGCUCCGGGAGUACACCAGCCGCCAGAGUCUGGCCAGCGACCUCAAGGUGCCGCUGGCAGUGAUGAACAAUCCCAACGAAAUCUGGAUGCAUUUGCCCGUCACCGACUCUUGCUACGAGAAGCUGCGGUUUCCGGGCGCCACCUAGGCGGGCAUUUGGGUCUCUGCCGACCGUUGCGUGAGGUGAAGCGCCGCCGCGACAUCCGUCGGAGGGUUCCGUCCUGCACGAGGCACCAGUCAACAGAGCGGGCGGCCGCGCACCGAUCCCGCUCAGACACGAAGACAGACCUCGGCAGCGGCGACCCAACGGCAUUCGUCAUUCACCUUGAUCGGAGCCACAUUGCUCAUUGUUACGUGAUUCGCUGCUUACAUAAUAAAUGUCACACGAUUGCUUUCAUAAUGCUA